AUCGGCGUCACUUUCAUCUCCGCCACCAUCUUCUCGACACGCAUCCGCCUGGAUCCCGCUGCACACUUGGACUUGAUUAACCGCCUCAUGACACCCCUUCCUCCAGAGCUUGUGUUGGAGAUCCUGAGAUACUUAUCCAACGAUUUUAGAGCCUGCUGUCUUGUCUGUCGUGCUUGGCGCCAGCUUGCCCAACCCUUUAUCUUUUCCGCCCUUGCCGUGUCCCUCGAAUCGCAUUGCCAGUCGUGGAACCGAAAAUUCAUCACAUAUCCUCACCUCGCUGGAUAUGUUACUCGCCUCGACAUGUGGGGGUCAUACCUGGGGGGCCAGGACGCUCGGACGAUGGAUCAACCUCCAUUUCUCGAAAGUGCCAAGACAUUGGAGUUCGUGCGUCGCCUUCCAAAUGUCAAGCACUUGGAUUUGGAGGGCUUCUUCUUACCGAGUAAGAGGGAAAUAAAGGUUCUGUGCCAAUUUACGCGCCUGGAGUGUCUGGAAAUGUUCGUGGUGGUAUUCAACCAACCAGUGGAUCUAUUGGAUCUUAUGUCCCAAUUGGUCAAUCUGAAGGACCUACGCCUCACAGGCACCCAAAUCAGAAGUCCUAACAAGGAUAUGAUUGGGCCUGCGCUCCAUAACCAUGUCGAUGUUGUUCCGAAACGGUUACGGAAUCUCCAGCUCCAAGACACCACUGAAAGCUUGUAUAUUUUCUCCUGGCUUUCAGGAGGAGCCUUUGAUCUCUGUGAUCUUACCGACCUCACCUUGUCUUGGGAAUGUUUCCCGACGAGACGCCACCCUACCGGACCUCAAGCUUCUUCUUAUGUUGAUUCCUUUAUCAAUGCGGUUGGCGCUGGGAUCAAACAUCUCCAACUUGACAUCGAAACGCUCAAAUUUGGCUCGAAAUCCAACAUCAAUUAUAUGCUAGAGCUUUUCAUCUCGACGGGAGCAUUGAGCAACUUUACGGUGCUAGAAACUCUGGACAUCGACUCAAUAAGUUCCUUCGAGAAUGAUGCUAUGUAUCUCGUUGAUAUCGAACGUCUUCUUCGCAGCGUCACCCUCACAAACCUUCGCAAGAUGUCAAUCGUGACGUGCUUCACCCUGAGCACUCCUGAUCAUCUUCCAUCUUAUAAAGAGCUUCCCGUCUGGGCUAGUCUCGAUGGGCUCCUCUCCAGUCCGAAGUUCCCCUCUCUUCAGCAACUCAAGUUUAUCAUUGACGUGAGAUGUGUCCACUGGAAAGCCAACGCUGGGUGGGAAGACUUUGAUUCCAAUGAUGAUGAUGCUGUGCCAGAACAGCCGCCGAUGGUGGAUGAUGUUGCUGCCAUGAUCACGGAGAAAAUGCCAACGCUGACAUCUUGGGGAUGUCUGACGUGCUGUCCUGCUGUCAUCCAGCUGGCUGUGUAGGCUGUAGCUACGUUCAUCGGAGGUUUACCUUCCUAUGGACCCUGUUAACAUUCCAGGAUGUGGUGUGAGGACGCAUGCUCAUUGCGACUCUUCUACACUAUUACAUCUACACGGUGUAUGCCCAUCGAUUAGCCUUCGUCUCUUCCCUCUCGACCAUACGUGACGAUAACGUUUCUUGGAACAAUCACCCAGGUCGUGAGCUAUGGAUAUGACAGCUGCACAAAUAUUGUCGAUUUCUCGUCUUCUUAAUGGCAUACCGGCUAAAGUUCGUAAUCGCCAUCCUGAUAGGUCUCAAACCAUCAACGGACUUGUAUUACGGUUUAUUUAUCGCCUGUAUGUGAUUGUAUGUGGUAUCCUUUCGUACGACGUUAUGUUGUACGGGGCUUUCAAAGGCUCAGUGGAACGCGCGGUCUUUGGCCGGAUAGAUUUUCUACAUAUUAUAAACUCUCUUCUGUAUACUAAACAAUAAUCGGGCGUCAGCU